CAGAGCGAGUCUACACGUUUUCCAAGAUGGCAGACAGGGAGUUUGAGGAAUUUCGCCAGUAUUUUGAACAGUUGCCGCAACAUAUCAAAGCGCCAUCUAAUUGCUACACGCUGGCCCAUGACAUCACCCUGGAGUCGCCGUCCCCUGAAGACGCCCCGGAUCCACCAGACCCCCCCGGAAAAGCCCCCGGGGGAAGUGCUGGGCGGGCUGGGGUAACUGGGGAGGCACCUGAAGGGAAAUGCUGUUCAGAUGAGGACCACUGCUGCCCUCAGUUGGUAGGGCAGCAAUCCCAGGGGCUCGUACCCUCCCCAGCACCGGAGUCUCCCCCAGGGGCCAGCCUAACCCAUGGUAUACAAGCCUCCCCAAGCCCUAUAUGUGGUUCCCCUGCCCCCCGGAGGCCUCACCCACCCCAUAGUGCACAGCUAGCCCCCUCCGGCCCCUCCAGUAUGGACAGCGUGGGCAGUGGGGACCUGGGGGACGUUAGCACAGGGGAGUUUUUCACAGGGGAGCUGGAGGAGUUAGAGGAAGGCCACGCGUCUCCCACAGGGGUAGAGGAGGAGAUGGAGGGCGAGGAAGACCCCCACGGCAGCCCCCAGUGGGACCAUCCCCCGGGGGAGAGGAAAAGGAGACGUCUUCCGGAGAUACCCAAGAAUAAGAAGUCCUUCAGUACGGCGACCAUCCUGGCUCUGCGCACCCCGAACCUGGCGGAGGAGCUGCAGGAGGCGGAGUCAGGCGUGGCGUCCCGGAGCAGCACGCCUGAUGUUGCAGCCCCGCCCACGCCUCAGCACCACGCCCACGCCUCCUCCGAUGCCGCCAAUCCUAUCCUCGUGCUAAAGUGCCACGCCUUCGUCAGGGACGACAGCUCCUCCCCAGACUCCGAGCUUCGCCUCCCCGCCACGGACAUUGAUUCAGGGCACUCGACACAGCACUCCCCAGAUGGCCCCAAGUCUAUGUCUCCGCUGGCCACUGUUAAUGGCUCUCUUUCCCCAGGCUCUCCAAACAGCGGCGGGGUUCCCUUCUCUCAGCUGAGCCUAUUGGAAGCCACACAUCGAGGACUCUACCGCUUCAUUCCUAGACAUCACGACGAAGUACAUAUCGAGAUUGGUGAUCCUGUUUACGUGCAGAGAGAAGCAGAUGACUUGUGGUGCGAAGGCGUCAACCUCAGGACAGGCCGGCAAGGUAUCUUCCCCGCAGCGCAUGUGACGGAUGUAGACUAUUCAGAUUUCGACCCAACAGUGCCCAAAGUGAAAAAGGAGCGGUACCUUCUCAGCUACCUGGGCUCCAUUGAAACGCUGUGUCAUAAGGGGAACCAGGUGUUGUGUCAAGCUGUGAGGAAAAUAGCAGGGGGGGAGGAGUCGGCCCAGCACCCCCACCCCUGCAUCCUGGAAGUGUCUGACCAAGGCAUUCGUAUGGUGGAUAAGAGAAAACCAGCGCCCAACCAAGCUCCCUGUCACGACUAUUUCUACCACCUGAAGCACGUGUCUUUCUGCGCCUUCCACCCCAAGGACCACCGCUACUUCGGCUUCAUCACCAAGCACCCCACCAGCCAACGCUUCGCCUGCCACAUCUUCAAGAGCUCAGACAGUACCAGACCCGUUGCCGAGGCUGUGGGACGAGCCUUCCAAAGAUUCUACCAAAAGUUCAUUGAGACAGCAUAUCCCAUAGAAGACAUUUACUUGGAAUAGCAGCGCCUCCCCAGUGCCCCAGCCAGCGUCACCCCAGCGUCACCCCAGCAUCACCCCAGCAUCCCAGCAUCACCCCAGCACCCCAAGAUAACCCCAGCGUCACCCCAACGUCACCCAUCAGCUCCCCUUUGAGAGAAACAGCUGGUGAAGUGAGACAAGAGGCGGAGGAAGGGGGUGGGGGUGCAACUUUGAUCUGGUAACACUGGGAAGAUUUCAAAAAGGCAGCUGGAAAGAGGUGGCCUUGUAGAGAGAAAGAGAGAGAGAGUGAGAAAGAGAGAGAGAGAUUACAAUUUUCUUUUUCUUCCAAACUUAAAAGAGAGAAAAAAUAAUAAUAAUAAUAAUAAUAAUAAUAUUUUGUUUAUUAUUGUUUCUAUAUAAAAACUUCAACAAAAAAAAAAAACAACGGACGGUAAUAAUAGUAAAGACAAUAAGAAGACUUUCAAAGAUAGUCUUACAAUAUGAAUCCCAUUAUAAUCUUACCAACACAAAAUAUCAUUCCAAACGCUUUCCCUCUUCCUCAUCUUCUUUUCUUCAUCUUCUUCAUCUUCUUCAUCUUGUUUAGUUUUCCAGUGUUGUUUGAUUUUCUCUGCCGCCUUGGAUGUCUCAUUUUCUCCCUCCUCCUCCUCUUCCUUGUCUUCCUUCUCGUGAUUCUCCUCGUUCUCAUCUUCCUCUUUCUCGCCACCCUCCUCCUCCUCCUCUUAUUUCUCUUCCAAGAUCCUGUUGUUCUUAACCCACGAGAUAUUUUGAGUGUUGUUUUCCUCAUCCUCUUUUUCUUUUUCCUCAUGCCUAUAAAAAUAUUCAUCUUUUAUCUUUUCUUCCUCCUCUUCGUUAUUCAUGUUAUCAUCCCCUUCAUUGACUCGAUCAGAGCCUUUUAAACACACACACACACACACACACACACACACACACACACAGUAGUGAUAGUAACAAACGCACAAUUAUUUUAAAAAGUCAAAUUUAUAGAUCGAAAGAGUGAAGGAUAAAUGAAAAAAAUGAAAUUGUUUGGUGGGAAGGAAGAGAGAAUCAGUCAGUCAGUCAGUCAGUUAGUCAGUCAGGUAGUCAGUCAAUCAGUCAGUCAGUUAGUUAUUCAUUCAGUCAGUCAG